UCUAGAGGGACACGGCAGCUCGGUUCGCUGUCCUUGUGAGCAGACAAGGGAACACCAGUGUGUUCCCAGCGGGUCUGGGGGGGGAUGGCGGCUCCCGGAGCGCAAGGAGCCGCCCGUCCCGGCGUGCCCCGGCCCCGCACGCCGCGGAAGAGAGCAGCAUGCCGGGAGCCGUAGUCUGCCCUCGCCUCCGGCCCGGCGCCCCUCGCAAGCCCGUGCCUCUGCAUCCUCCGGCCGCCUACUCCUCCUGCCCUCGGAUGGAGGGCUCUGAGGAGCUGGAAAGCAGCCUCCUGACUCAGCCCUGGGCUUCUGUUCGCUUUGGCGAGUCCACUUUUCUUGCCAAAGUGUGCUUCAUGGACACUGGCUAUAUUCUGCUGAUCUCUGACCUCAGCAGCAUCUGGUACGAGAGUGCAGAUGCCGAAGCUGUGGGACGAAGGUCCAAGGAGCUGAACAAGCGGCUGACAGUUCACGUGUCCUCCUUCCUGAACCACUUGUGCAACCUGAUGUGCCCCUUGCUGGCAGGGCAGCCGAGUGCCACCACCUCCUUCUCCUGCCACCACUCUCCCAGUGGCCUCAGGCUGCACGUCAAAAGCGAGCUGUCAGGACUGCCCUUCUACUGGGACUUCCACUGCUGCCCUGCUCCCUUGGAGAUGGUGUUCCGUCACCUCGUGCGGCCCCUGAUUCAGAUGAACCUGGUGCUGCAGUGCCAGGUGCAAGAGCUGAUUUCCCUGGUGCUCCAGAAGGAUGCUGAGAUUGAAGAUUACAGGGAGAGCGGGGCCGCUCUCAGCAGAGACCGCCUGCGGACAAAACCCUUCCAGGAGGAGACGUUUCAGCAGAACUUCAUGGCUGAGACCCUGCCCCAGAUCUGCGGUGCGGGAGAAGGGCAGGCGUUUGCCUCUGCUCUGCAGCAGCUCUACACUGCAGUGACACAGCAGGAGGCCAAGCAGGCUCGGAAACGGCAUUGCUCUGAUUGCAUCUUUUUCUGGUACCAGAGGACAGCGUGGAUACAGCACCCAUUGCAGAAACCACGGAGCACCCCCAUCCACCUGCUCCAUCCCAGGAAGAUGAAACAACAUCUUCCAGCGAGAGAACCUCGCCAGCCUCCUCCCCAUCUCAGAAGCCCCAGUUGCCUGCAGCCAAGGCCAAGCCAAAGAAGGCAAAAGGGCUCUUCAGCUGAAAGAUUGCUGAGGGCUCUGCUUCCCCCAGCAUCCAAGAGAUGGAGUGCAGAGCACCCACGCAUCGUCUGCCUCUUCUCUGCAUCUCCUGGUGGACCCUACCCAGGUCACGGUCCCCUCCCAAGAUGUCUUCAGUUGGGCAGAUGGAACUCUUUUCUUCAACAGUGUUUCAGGAAACAGCUUUUCUAACUCUUCCCUGGUCCAGAGCUCGCCCAGGCUUCAUCUCGUGGCAGAGCCAGUGCAAGACAUGGGAGGAGUGGGAGGGAUGCUGCCAGUGGGUGUGGGACAGCUGGGGCUCUGGCAGA